UGAAUAUCAAUAUCAACCCUUCUUCAUUAUUCUCUUUCACUGAUGGCUAAGUUUGAGUCAGUGCCAUUUGCUGUUGCAUCAAAUCUUAUUCACAGGUUAGCGUCCGCAGAAUUUCUUGAAUUUGGACAGGAGUAUGGUGUGAUGGAAGAGUUGGAAGCGCUUAAGAAGACAAUUGGAUCUAUCAAUGAUGUGCUCCUUGACGCUGACCACAAACAAGAACAAGUUCGUGUGCGUAAUUGGAUAUCUGACUUCAAAGAAGUACUUCAUGCUGCAGAUGACUUCUUAGAUGACCUUGCUUUGCAAUUUAGGAGUGACAAAUUGGGUGCAGCCGAAGGAAAAGAAGUGAACAAGGUACUUCUUUCCAUUUCAUCUUCAAAUCAAAUUCCUCUAUACAAUGAAAUGCCGGUUGAAAUUAUAAAAAUACGAGAAAGGUUUAAUUGUGUAGUAGAAGACAUGGAUAAAUUGAAUUUAAUCCCAAGUUCUAUGCUGGUUAAGCAAACUGAUGGUGGAUGGAGGGAAACAUGUUCUUUUGUGUUAGAGUCUGAUAUCAUUGGAAGAGAUGAUAGUAAAAAGGAGAUCAUUAGUCUGUUGAGAAAGCCUCAUGAAAACCAAAAAGUUUCUUUGAUUGCCAUUGUUGGCCUUGGUGGGUUGGGGAAGACAGCUCUUGCACAAUUGGUGUAUAAUGACUUGGAAGUGCAGAAUUUUUUUGAAAUGCAAAUGUGGGUGUGUGUCUCUGAUAACUUUGAUGUGAAAACUAUUCUGAUGAAAAUAUUAGAUUCAAUAAUUAUUGAUAGCCAAAGACAAGACCAAUCAUUAGAGAAGUUGCAAAGAGAGCUUCAUAAGAAUUUAAGUGGUAAGAAAUAUUUGUUGGUCCUGGAUGACAUUUGGAAUGAGAGUUAUGACAAAUGGGCUGAAUUGAGAAAGUACUUGAUGUGUGGCGCUCGAGAUAGCAAGAUUUUAGUGACAACUCGAAAUGAAAAUGUAGCAAAGACAAUGACUGCCAGCACUUCCUAUCCUUUGAAAGGUUUGACCGAUGAAGAAUCUUGGAGUUUGCUGAAGAACAUUGCAUUUGAGGAUGAUUGCAAAGGAGUGAAUCAAAAUUUAGAAUCAAUGGGGAAAGAAAUAGCCAAAAAAUGUAAAGGGGUUCCACUAGCCGUUAAAACGCUGGGAGGCCUGUUACGAGGACAAAAUGAAGUAAGUGAUUGGGAGAAUGUCUUAAGUGGUGACUUCUGGAAAGUAUGUGAGGAGCAAAUUAGUAUCAUGCCAAUUCUAAAACUCAGUUACCAAAACUUGUCGCCAGAUAUGAGACAAUGUUUUGCUUAUUGCUCUUUAUAUCCCAAGGAUUCAGAAAUUCCAAAGGAUGAGUUGAUUCAGCUAUGGAUGGCACAGGGUUACCUUCAAUGUUCAACUGAAAAACAGCGCAUGGAAGAUGUUGGUAACCAAUUUGUAAAGAUGUUUUUGAUGAACUCAUUUUUUCAAGAAGCAGAAAGUGAUAAAUACGGUGAGAUCAAAAGUUUCAAAAUGCAUGAUUUAAUGCAUGAUCUUGCGAUGCUUGUUGCUGGCAAUGAUUGCUGUUACUUGGAUAGUAAGGCGGAGAAAAUUGAAGGUAAUGCCAUACACAUAUCUUUGGAAUCUAAGGCCAUUCAUUUGUUGAAAUCAUUAGAUCCGAGCAGGCUGGGCAGGCUGCGAACUGUGAUUUUGUGGUCUUACAACAGGGAGGAAUUGUCUGUUGCUAAUUUCAAACACUUGCGCGUCUUGAAGAUAUCGUUUUCUUUUUGCAAUUUGAUUGAUUCAAUUGGAAAAUUGAAGCAUUUAAGAUAUCUUGAUAUUGGUGAUCACUACUCCCGUGGGAUGGCAGUUGGUGUGGGAAAAUUGUCCUCGCUGCAAUUCUUAUCGACCUUUGUUGUGGGAGGUAGCCCAGAAACCACACUAAAUGAAUUGAAAGACUUAAACCUAAGGGGAAAAUUAAGAAUUAUUCAUCUGGAUCGCGUGAGAAACGUGGCUCUAGAAUCACAGGAUGUAAAUUUAAAAGAAAAAAAAUUCCUUCAAUACUUGUCUCUAAGUUGGCCCGAGGUAUACGUCGGUGACAAUGACAGCUUACAAUUGUUAGAAAACCUUCAGCCACACCAUAAUCUCAAGCAAUUGGGGGUUUCGGGUUACCCAGGCGUGCUUUUCCCAAACUGGCUUUCUCUCCUCACAAAUGUUGUUCACAUCACUUUGUAUGGGUUUCAUAAGUGUCGCUGUCUCCCAGCUUUGGAACAUCUCCCAUCUCUGAAGUCCCUUCACAUAGACCAUCUUCAUAAAUUGGAAUACAUAUAUCUUUAUGAAGAUGGUUUUGCAGUAACCUUCUUCCCCUCUUUGGAGAGCCUCACAGCAUAUGGUUGUCCAAAUCUCAAGGGAUGGCAGAGGCGAGGAGAUGAUGUCAAUGCUUCUACAACUUCACAUGAUAUCUCCUUACCUUUUUCAUUUCCUCAUCUUUCUCGACUGGAUGUCAUUGACUGUCCAAAAUUGACUUGCAUACCUACUUUUCCAAACGUUAAGGAUUUGUAUUUGCGAUGGGGCACUGUGGUGGAGCCAUUAAUAGCAACACUAAACACAACAGCGUCAACAUGUUCAGCUGAUUCAUCUUCCUCUGCUCCUCUUUCCAUGCUUAAACAAUUGACGAUUUCUGAUCCUAUGAAUUUACCAAAGGGUUGGAUGCAAAAUCUGACAUCUCUCGAGUCACUUGAAAUUCAAUUCUGUGAAAGUGAAAGACUAGAGGAAUUUGAAACUGGGUUUAAGGACGACACCAACUGCCUUCCGUCUCUGCAACAAAUUACAUUAUAUAGAUGUGAAAGGCUAAAUGCUUUGCCAGAUUGGAUUUGCAACCUCUCAUCCCUUCAACAUAUCAAAAUCUCAUUCUGCCGAAAUUUUGCAUCUCUACCCGAAGGAAUAAGUCGUCUUACUAACUUAAUGAUCUUUGAGGUCGAGAGCUGUUUCCUCUUACUUAAAGAAUGUAGAACAGAGACAAGUGCUGUUAGUCGACAAAUCGCACACAUCCCACGAAUUAUCCUUAGUGGUCAAUGACGGUAAAGUGGAUCUGUUGACAAAGAGAGCUGACUCCUUCUACUGGAAGAACAAUAUCCUUUUUUGGGAAAGGCCUCCUAAGAAAGUUAAUAGGGGAAAAUAUAAGCUUUUCAGCACCCACCCUUUUAUUAGAAUAUGUAUUGCUUGCAUCGAAAGAAAGAGGAGCCCCAACAAAUCCUAGUGUAAUGCGUGGGUAAGAAUUUAUUGCUUCAGUUGAGCUAGAAGACGCUUGACAUGCUUUUCAAUGCAACAUCAAUUGCAGCCUUUUGAUGGUGUUCACUAACCUCCAAAUUUGUUUGUUAUUGCAAUAACCCAAGGAAUUCCAAGAGAUAUAUGGGAUAGGUUAUGAACAAGAACAAUCAAAUCUGUCUUCCGACUUAGAUCUUGGAUUCCAAGCCGUAGUUCAUCCCUGAAGUGAGUGGCUCCCAUAUCGAGUUCCUGUAAAAAUAAAAAUAUAUGCAAUUGAACAUCACUAAAUAUAUUUGAACAAUUCAAAUUGUACUAUUUAUGUGCAACUAGCACGCUAUGAACAGAAAGCUACACAUGUCAAUGGCCAAGCUCUUAAAACUAAAAAUAAAUAUGAACUAGAAAGACUUGCUUAAUU